AUGGCUUCUCUCUCGGGUGCUGAAGUCGCAAAGCACAAUAGUGCGAAGGACUGUUGGGUUAUUGUUCACGGGAAAGCAUACGAUGUUACUGAGUUUCUACCAGAACACCCCGGCGGGACCAAGAUCAUUCUCAAAUAUGCGGGCAAAGAUGCGACGGAAGAGUUCGAUCCAAUCCACCCACCAGACACCCUAGAAAAGUACCUGGCCAAAGACAAACACCUAGGCCCCGUGGACAUGUCAACAGUCGUCAAGGAGAAGACGCAGGAGUCGCCCGAGGAGAAGGAACGGUUGAAGCGGAUCCAGGAGAUGCCUUCACUGGACCAAUGCUUCAACCUGCUCGACUUUGAGGCCGUGGCGCGGAGGGUCAUGAAGAAGACGGCGUGGGGAUACUACUCGAGCGCCGCAGAUGACGAGAUCACAAUGCGCGAAAACCACUCGGCCUUCCAUCGGAUCUGGUUCCGCCCGCGCGUCCUGGUGGACGUCAAACAAGUCGACUUCGGCACCACCAUGCUCGGCACUCCCUGCUCCAUCCCCUUCUACGUGACCGCCACAGCCCUAGGCAAACUCGGCCACGCCGAAGGCGAGGUCGUCCUCACCCGCUCAGCACGCAAACACAAAGUCAUCCAGAUGAUCCCGACCCUUGCCUCGUGCGCCUUCGACGAGAUCGUGGACGCCGCCCAGCCAGACCAAACCCAAUGGCUGCAACUCUACGUCAACAUGGACCGGGCCAUCACCAAACGGAUCGUGGAGCACGCCGAGAAGCGCGGAUGUAAGGGCCUCUUCAUCACCGUCGACGCGCCGCAGCUGGGCCGCCGCGAAAAGGACAUGCGCAUGAAGUUCACCGACCAGGGCAGCAACGUACAGAACGGCCAAGCCACGGACAACUCGCAGGGCGCCGCGCGGGCCAUCAGCAGCUUCAUCGACCCGUCGCUGUCCUGGGAGGAUAUCCCCUGGUUCCGCUCCAUCACCAAGAUGCCCAUCGUGCUCAAGGGCGUGCAGCGCGUCGAGGACGUCGUCAAGGCCGCUGAGGUCGGCGUUCAGGGUGUUGUGCUGUCCAACCACGGCGGUCGGCAGCUGGAGUUUGCCCGCUCCGGCAUCGAGAUCCUCGCCGAGACGAUGCCUGUGCUCCGCCAACUAGGGCUCGACGACAAGAUCGAGGUGUACAUCGACGGCGGCAUCCGGCGCGCGACGGACAUCCUCAAGGCGUUGUGUCUCGGCGCCAAGGGGGUGGGCAUCGGCCGUCCGUUCUUGUAUGCCAUGUCGGCGUACGGACAGGACGGUGUCGACCGGGCGAUGCAGCUGCUCAAAGAUGAGAUGGAGAUGGGCAUGCGGUUGAUUGGCGCGCGGUCGGUGGCCGAGUUGAACCCGAGUAUGGUGGAUGCGCGCAGCCUGUUUAGUCACGGCGCGCCGCCGUCGGAUAGCUUGUCACAUGCUGUGUAUGACCCGUUGGUGAACCCGGCGCAGAGGUUGGCGGUGACGGGGGAGAAGCCGGAGAAGUCGAAGCUGUAA